AUGGAUCAAAUCACACCGAAGGAAGUGAAGAUCCUGGAAAAUCCCGAGGAUAUUCAAGAAAGGAGGGAACAAGUUCUCAGUCGAUAUGCGAAUUUCAAGGCGGAAGCUAGAAACAAAAGAGACAAACUCGAGGACUCCCGUCGCUUUCAAUAUUUUAAGCGAGACGCGGACGAACUGGAAGGAUGGAUUUUCGAAAAGUUGCAAGCUGCUUCGGAUGAGAGCUACAAAGAUCCUACCAAUCUCCAGGCAAAGAUACAAAAACAUCAAGCCUUCGAAGCGGAAGUUGCAGCCCAUUCGAACGCAAUAGUAUCGUUAGACAAUACCGGAUCGGAAAUGAUAGCACAACAUCACUUUGCAAGCGACGUCAUUCGCAAGAGAUUAGUGGAUCUUCAUCAGCUGUGGGAGUUGUUACUCUCUAGAUUGGCAGACAAGGGUCUUAAAUUGCAACAAGCCUUGGUACUUGUACAGUUCAUUCGACAUUGUGACGAAGUAAUGUUUUGGAUUCACGACAAGGAAGCGUUUGUAACGACGGACGAAUUUGGACACGACUUGGAACACGUUGAAGUGCUUCAAAGGAAAUUUGACGAAUUCCAAAAGGAUAUGGCCAGUCAAGAGUACAGAGUAACGGAAGUAAACGAAUUGGCAGACAAACUUCUUCUAGAUGGACAUCCUGAACGUGAUACCAUCCUGCGUAGAAAAGAGGAACUCAACGAAUCCUGGCAAAGAUUGAAACAGCUUGCUGUCCUGAGGCAGGAGAAACUUUUCGGCGCGCAUGAAAUUCAAAGAUUCAAUCGGGACGCGGACGAGACAAUGGCCUGGAUUGCUGAAAAGGACGUUGUUCUGUCUUCAGAUGAUUUCGGACGUGAUCUUGCGAGCGUGCAAACUUUGCAGAGAAAGCACGAAGGCAUAGAGCGUGAUUUGGCAGCUUUGGAGGAUAAAGUUUAUACACUAGGAGCCGAGGCAGAUCGUCUCGCAGCCAUUCAUCAAGCAGACCAUUCCAAACAAAUUCAAGCGAAACGCGCCGAGAUAUUGCAGUCGUGGGAGAGCCUAACGGCGAAAGCGAAGGAACGUCGUUUGAAGCUUGACGAAUCAUACUACUUGCACAGAUUCUUGGCUGACUACAGAGAUCUUGUGUCGUGGAUGAACGACAUGCGCGCGAUUAUAUCGGCAGAUGAAUUAGCCAAAGACGUAGCUGGUGCAGAGGCUCUUGUUGAGAGACAUCAGGAACACAAGGGAGAAAUCGAUGCUAGGGCAGACAGUUUCGACGCGACCACCCUGGCUGGCAACAAACUGUUAGAAAAGAAACAUUACGCUGCAGAGGAAGUAACCAGAAAAUUGAACUCUCUCGCCGAGGAUAAACAGUCUCUUUUGAGUCUUUGGGAAAAGCGAAAAAUCUUGUACGAACAAUGUAUGGACUUGCAGCUAUUUUAUCGAGACACGGAACAAGCGGACGCGUGGAUGGCUAAGCAGGAAGCAUUUUUAGCAAACGAAGACCUGGGUGACUCUUUGGACAGUGUAGAAGCUCUUAUUAAAAAACACGAAGAUUUCGACAAAUCACUGGCAGCUCAGGAGGAGAAGAUCAAAAUAUUAGACGACUUUGCCGGUAAACUGAUAGAAGGGGAACAUUACGCGGCGGACGACGUGGCGCAGAGACGUCAGCUACUGUUGGAGAGACGUGCCGUUCUUCUUGAAAAGUCGGCUCAAAGAAGACGCCGUUUAGAAGACGCUUAUAAAUUACAGCAAUUUGAACGCGACUGCGACGAAACGAAAGGUUGGGUCAACGAAAAACUCAAAUUCGCCACCGAUGACAGCUAUCUGGAUCCUACUAAUUUAAACGGAAAGGUACAGAAACAUCAGAAUUUCGAACAGGAACUGAACGCCAACAGAACUCGCAUGGAAGAGAUGGUAGCUACCGGUCAAGAAUUAAUCGAGAGUGAUCACUACGCCAGUGAUAGGAUCCGCACUCGUACCGACGAAAUCAUGUCUCUGUGGGAAAGUCUUACUCACGCUAGUGAGAAAAAAGGGGCCAAACUGCAAGAAGCCUCUCAGCAGCAACAAUUUAAUCGUACUGUCGAGGAUAUCGAGUUAUGGCUGUCAGAAGUGGAGGGACAAUUGAUGUCUGAAGACUACGGUAAAGAUCUAACCAGUGUACAAAAUCUUCAAAAGAAACACGCCCUUCUGGAAGCCGACGUCGCGUCCCACUCCGACAGAAUCGACAGUAUCGCCCAAGCUGCAGAUCAGUUUGUGAAAUCGGGGCAUUUCGAUGCAGACAAUAUCAAAGCUAAGCAGGAGCAACUGCAAUCUCGAUACGGUGCGCUUCAACAGCCCAUGAGCAUUCGCAAACAGCGACUUCUCGACUCGCUGCAGGUACAACAGCUGUUCAGAGACAUAGAGGAUGAAGAAGCUUGGAUCCGCGAGAAAGAACCAGUUGCAGCAUCCACCAACCGUGGUCGUGACCUCAUCGGUGUGCAGAACCUGCAGAAAAAGCAUCAAGCUGUUUUAGCUGAAAUAAACAACCACGAACCACGUGUAGCUGCUGUCUGUCAGGCAGGUGCGUCAAUGUUACAAGAAAGCCACUUUGCCGCGGAGGAAAUCAGCCAACGUUUGGCCGCGUUGGACGAGCAUUGGGGACAGUUGAAAGAGAAGGCCAGACAACGUAAGAAUGAUCUGGAUGACUCUCUCCAGGCUCAUCAGUACUUUGCCGAUGCUAACGAAGCCGAGUCCUGGAUGAAGGAGAAACGACCUAUAGUCAUGAAUGCCGACUACGGAAAGGACGAAGACAGUUCCGAGGCCCUCUUGAAGAAACACGAGGCGUUGGUUAGCGACCUAGAGGCGUUUGCAAGCACCAUAGCAGCUCUUAGAGAACAAGCUGCUUCUUGCCGCCAGCAAGAAACUCCAACUGUUGACAUUACCGGGAAAGAAUGCGUGGUGGCUCUCUAUGAUUACACAGAGAAAUCACCAAGGGAAGUUUCCAUGAAGAAAGGCGAUACUUUGACUCUGUUAAACUCCAACAACAAGGAUUGGUGGAAAGUCGAAGUUAAUGAUCGUCAAGGUUUUGUUCCAGCCGCUUACGUAAAGAGAGUCGAACCCGAAGCAGGAUUAAGCGCUUCUCAGCAGAAUCUUGCUAGAGAGCAGAGUUCUAUAGCUGCCAGGCAAGCUCAGAUAGAAGCUCAGUACGACGAUCUCUUGAGACUUGCCCGCGAGAGGCAAAACAAACUUAAUGAAACAGCCAAGGCUUACGUGCUUGUCCGAGAAGCCGCAGAAUUGGCCACUUGGAUCAAGGACAAGGAGAACCACGCUCAGGUUCAGGACGUUGGCGAGGAUUUAGAACAAGUGGAGGUAAUGCAGAAGAAAUUUGAUGACUUCCAGGCAGACUUGAAAGCCAACGAGGUUCGUCUAGCUGAAAUGAACGAGAUUGCUGUCCAGUUGAUGAGUCUAGGCCAGACGGAAGCAGCUUUAAAGAUUCAGACACAGAUACAGGAUCUGAAUGAGAAAUGGACCAGCUUGCAGACUCUCACUGCAGAACGUGCUAAUCAACUUGGUUCCGCUCACGAAGUUCAACGAUUCCAUCGUGACGUCGACGAGACCAAGGACUGGAUUCGAGAGAAGGAUGCUGCGUUGAAUAACGAUGAUCUUGGAAAGGAUUUACGUAGCGUUCAAGCCUUGCAACGCAAACACGAAGGCCUAGAGCGAGACUUGGCUGCCUUGGGAGAUAAGAUUAAACAGUUAGAUGAAACGGCUAAUCGCCUGAUGCAGUCGCAUCCUGAAACUGCCGAACAGACUUACGCCAAGCAGAAAGAAAUUAACGAGGAGUGGACCCAGUUGACAGCAAAAGCUAAUAGCAGAAAGGAGAAGCUGUUGGAUUCUUACGACCUGCAACGUUUCCUUAGUGACUACAGAGAUCUAAUGGCUUGGAUAAAUUCAAUGAUGGGUCUAGUCGCUUCAGAGGAGUUAGCUUCAGAUGUUACUGGCGCAGAAGCUCUUCUGGAACGACAUCAGGAACAUCGCAUGGAAAUCGACGCCAGAGCAGGUACUUUCCAGGCCUUUGAGCUUUUUGGCCAGCAGCUUUUGCAAUCCAGUCACUAUGCCAGUGUCGAGAUUCAAGAGAAACUUGAAUCUAUGGCCGAAGCACGCCAAGAAUUGGAAAAAGCUUGGAUACAACGACGUAUGCAAUUGGAUCAAAACCUGGAGUUACAACUUUUCUGCAGAGAUUGCGAGCAAGCUGAAAACUGGAUGAGCGCCCGAGAAGCUUUCCUGAGCAGUGCUGACACUGUUGACAGCAGUGACAACGUAGAGGCCCUUAUCAAGAAACACGAGGACUUUGACAAAGCCAUCAAUGCUCACGAGGAGAAGAUUGCUACUUUGCAGACUUUGGCAGAUCAAUUGAUCGCUGCUGAACAUUAUGCUGCAAAACCAAUUGAUGAGAGGCGUUGUCAGGUUCUAGAUCGCUGGAAGCAUUUAAAGGAUGCUCUUAUAGAGAAACGUUCCAAGUUAGGAGAGUCCCAAACUCUACAACAAUUCUCCCGCGACGCCGAUGAAAUGGAAAAUUGGAUUGCCGAAAAACUGCAAUUGGCUACCGAGGAGAAUUACAAGGAUCCAGCUAAUAUUCAAUCGAAACAUCAGAAACACCAAGCGUUUGAGGCUGAAUUGGCAGCGAAUGCAGACAGAAUUCAAUCUGUGUUAGCCAUGGGAGGUAAUUUGAUCGAGAAACACCAAUGUGCUGGUUCUGAGGAUGCUGUUCAGAAGAGGCUUGCCUCGAUUGCCGAUCAAUGGGAAUACCUUACCCAGAAGACUACAGAGAAGUCGAUGAAGCUGAAAGAAGCUAACAAACAACGCACGUAUAUCGCCGCUGUUAAAGACCUAGAUUUCUGGCUUGGUGAAGUAGAGAGCUUACUUACGUCUGAGGAUGCUGGUAAAGAUUUAGCUUCUGUGCAAAAUCUAAUGAAGAAACAUCAGUUAGUCGAAGCCGACAUUCAGGCGCAUGAAGAAAGAAUUAAAGACAUGAACGCACAGGCAGAUUCUCUGAUUGAAAGUGGACAGUUUGACGCAGCUGGUAUCCAAGAGAAACGACAAAGUAUAAACGAGCGUUACGAGAGGAUCCGCAACCUUGCUGCCCAUAGGCAAGCUAGACUAAAUGAAGCAAACACUUUACAUCAAUUCUUCAGAGACAUCGCCGACGAAGAGUCUUGGAUCAAAGAGAAGAAAUUGUUGGUCGGAUCGGAUGACUAUGGUCGUGAUCUUACCGGUGUGCAAAAUUUGAAAAAGAAACACAAGAGAUUGGAGGCAGAAUUAGGUAGCCACGAGCCUGCUAUACAAGCUGUUCAAGAAGCUGGAGAGAAGUUGAUGGACGUUUCUAAUUUAGGAGUGCCCGAAAUUGAGCAACGUUUGAAGCUUCUCAACCAAGCAUGGGCUGAAUUGAAGCAAUUAGCGGCCAAUAGAGGACAGAAACUGGACGAGUCUCUGACCUAUCAACAAUUUUUGGCUAAAGUAGAAGAAGAAGAAGCUUGGAUCACAGAGAAACAGCAAUUGUUAUCAGUCGAAGAUUACGGUGACACCAUGGCUGCGGUUCAGGGCUUAUUGAAAAAACAUGACGCCUUUGAAACUGACUUUGCGGCUCAUGGCGAACGUUGCAAAGACAUAUGCGAAGCCGGAGAAGCUUUAAUCAAGGCUGGAAAUCACCGUGCAGACGCUAUAGGACAAAGAUGUACCCAGCUUCGUAACAAAUUGGAACAACUUGGAGCACUUGCUGCUAGACGAAAGACACGACUUAACGAUAAUUCAGCUUAUUUGCAGUUUAUGUGGAAGGCAGAUGUAGUCGAAUCCUGGAUCGCUGACAAGGAAACUCAUGUACGUUCAGAAGAGUUUGGACGAGACUUGUCUACCGUUCAGACGCUAUUGACUAAACAGGAAACAUUUGAUGCCGGAUUGCAUGCCUUUGAGCACGAAGGAAUUCAGAAUAUUACUUCUUUAAAGGAAAUGCUAGUGGAUUCUGGUCAUGAUCAAACACCUAGCAUUCAGAAACGUCAUGCGGAUGUUAUUGCUCGUUGGCAGAAACUGUUGGCUGAUUCUGAUGCGAGAAAACAACGCUUGCUGAGGAUGCAAGAUCAAUUUAGGCAAAUUGAAGAAUUGUAUUUGACAUUUGCCAAAAAAGCAUCUGCUUUCAACUCGUGGUUUGAAAACGCAGAAGAGGAUUUGACCGAUCCUGUGCGAUGUAACAGUAUUGAAGAAAUUCGGGCCCUCAGGGAAGCACACGCGCAAUUCCAGGCGAGCUUAUCUUCGGCAGAAGCAGACUUUGAAGCUUUGGCAGCUCUUGACAGGCAGAUCAAGAGUUUCAACGUUGGUCCCAAUCCAUACACGUGGUUCACGAUGGAAGCAUUGGAAGACACCUGGCGUAAUUUACAGAAAAUAAUUAAAGAACGCGAUGUGGAGCUUGCGAAAGAAGCUCAACGACAAGAAGAAAAUGAUAAGUUGCGUAAGGAGUUUGCUAAACACGCUAAUGCGUUCCAUCAAUGGUUAGCGGAGACAAGAACAUCUAUGAUGGAAGGAUCGGGAUCAUUAGAACAACAGUUGGAAGCGACGAAAAGAAAAACUCAAGAGGUUCGUGCUCGUCGUCAAGAUCUGAAAAAGAUCGAAGAUCUCGGAGCAAUUUUGGAAGAACAUCUGAUCUUGGACAAUCGUUACACGGAACACAGUACCGUAGGGUUGGCACAACAGUGGGAUCAAUUAGAUCAAUUGGGAAUGCGCAUGCAACACAAUUUAGAACAGCAAAUACAAGCGCGUAACCAGUCCGGCGUUUCUGAGGAUGCACUCAAGGAAUUCUCAAUGAUGUUCAAACACUUUGACAAAGACAAGAGCGGUCGUCUGAACCACCAGGAAUUCAAAUCUUGCUUGAGGGCCCUUGGUUACGAUUUACCAAUGGUAGAAGAGGGCCAACCUGAUCCGGAAUUCGAGAAUAUCUUAGAUAUCGUUGAUCCGAAUAGGGAUGGUUAUGUAUCGUUGCAAGAAUACAUGGCAUUUAUGAUUAGCAAAGAAACCGAGAAUGUCCAGAGCUCUGAAGAAAUAGAAAAUGCUUUCCGUGCUAUCACAGCUGCGGAUCGGCCAUACGUUACGAAAGAAGAAUUAUAUGCUAAUCUUACCAAGGAGAUGGCUGAUUAUUGUGUUGCUCGUAUGAAACCUUAUGUCGAUCCAAAAACAGAGCGACCAAUCACAGGAGCAUUGGAUUAUAUCGAAUUUACUCGCACUCUUUUCCAGAAUUAA